ACCGACACCGCCUGGCUCACAGGGAACUCUUGGCAACCCAGACCCUGCCAGAGGUGCAGGUGGAGCAGCCGCCCCCAAAGGCAUCUUCAGCUUCCUCACCUCCAGCCUGCCUCCAUUCCUGCUCCUUCAAGUUCUCUGAAACGAGGCUUUAAACUCCAAUCCCAGGUGACACACUCCUUUAACCCCAGGAUUUGGUAGGCAGAGGAAGGCAGUUCUCUCCCAGUCGGAGGCCAACAUGUAUUACUUAGUGAGUUCCAGACCAGCCAAGGCUACAUAGGGGAACUGUCUCAAAGACAAAAUUCAAUCCUGCUUGAACCACGUUGUGUGUCUGAUGUUAGGCAAAUUAACCUUCUGUUCCCCAUCUAUAAAGUGGUCAUAAAAUUGUAGGGGAUGAUUCAGUGGCAUCACAGUUAGCGGGAUGCAUUUAGCAAUGUAGCAUCCGUUCUUAUUAGAACCCUCGGAAGCCCCCCUCCCACCCCCAUGCCCCCACCAGCUAGGGUCUCAGGGAGGCUGAGGCUAGACAUGGCAAACGCUAGCUUCGAGAAAGCAGACUGAGGAAGGGACACAGGAGGCACAGGCAGGCCAGCAGUGGACAGCUGGGACUAAGGGAAAACCCUGUGUUGAGCUCACAGGCUGGGGAGAGACACAAUCGGGCCUGGUCUCCAUGCCGCUGAGAGACUGGGGAGGAGCCUCCCAGAAGUGGAAAGUCUAACUCUCCAGAGAAGCAAUUAGGGUGUGGAUUGGGCUGCGCACCAUCACGGGAGUGAAGUAGCCUACUGGAACAGAGGUUGUGGAGUCCAGGAUAGGGCUGGGGUGACUCCACAGCAUGGAAAUCCAAAAAUCCCUCAUUGCCUACCCUCUCAAGCUACCAGAUCAAGGCCAGGCAGGGCAGAGACCUGAAGCCCUAAUGUCAGGCACCUGGGUUUCCAGGGCAAGGCCCUCACACAUACUGGCAUAGUCUGGCCCCAGAGGAUCCCCACAAGCCAGCAGGACUGUAGAAAGGGCAUGUUCGUGGGGCUGGGCCGCCCCCACCUUCCCCAGGUGGCUGGGGAGCCUGGAGGUGCUCCUGCUGAAGCCUCGCCCUUCACUCUCCCUGCCCCGGCUCCCCUCUCCAUUGCACACGCUCCACUCCGGGGAAGAACCUUCCUUCAUGAGCAACACUCCUUCACGAGGAGCCCAUGAGGGCUCUGAAUCAGCUCUGCUGAGACAAAACACCCCUACAGCUUCCCCUUUCUGCCCGGGUCUCCCGCAGCCCCUCCCCCGUUCACCCAGCCCUCAAGACGCCAGGGAUGGCGGAAGAGAACCCUAGGUGUCCUUCCCCUCAGGCAGGGCCGGGUCACUUCGGCAGACUAUUCCAGACUCCCCCUUCUCCUUAUACUUGGCCUGGCCCUGACCAAAGCCUUUGGGCCCCGCCUCUGCUCUCGGGUUCCACUUUCUAGGAUUCAUCCAGGAGUUCAGGCAGGGUGUUUGCAAAGACAAAAUGUUCUGGUGGCCCCGGCAGGGAGGCCCCGGGCCUGCCCAGCUGUCAAAGUGCGCUUUAGGGUCAGGCCUAUCGGGCGGGCAGAAGCCCCAAGCCCUGGGCAGCCCUAAAGAGCCGCACGCGGACCAGACGCUGGCGAGGAGGGGACUUUUAUUUUGCACAGCGCUCGCGUCUCCCAGGCAACGCGCAAGUCUGCACACAAGGCCACCGGCGCGGAGACGCCAGCCAGGAAACGUCCUCUGGGGGCGCGCAGAGGACAGCGCCGAGGCUCCCGGCAAUCCCCGCGCCGGCGUCGACGUCAUCAAAAGGCACCGGAAGUGCGGCGGUCGCAACGGAGCCACGUGUGAGCCGAGAGCCGGCGUGCGCCGGGUCCCGGAUACUUGGUAGACGUUGACACCAUGAGCUUCGUGGCGUACGAGGAGCUGAUCAAGGAAGGCGAUACGGCCAUUCUGUCGCUGGGCCAUGGCUCGAUGAUGGCGGUGCGUGUGCAACGUGGGGCCCAGACCCAGACCCGGCAUGGCGUCCUGCGGCACUCAGUGGACCUCAUUGGCCGCCCAUUUGGCUCCAAGGUGAUCUGCAGCAGAGGCGGCUGGGUGUAUGUGCUUCACCCCACCCCUGAGCUCUGGACAGUGAACCUGCCCCACCGCACACAGAUCCUCUACUCCACCGACAUUGCCUUAAUCACCAUGAUGCUAGAGCUGCGACCCGGUUCUGUGGUCUGUGAAUCAGGCACGGGCAGUGGUUCUGUGUCCCAUGCCAUCAUCCGUAGCAUUGCCCCCACUGGCCACCUACACACCGUGGAGUUCCACCAGCAGCGGGCAGACAAGGCCCGGGAGGAGUUCCAGGAGCACCGGGUGAGCCAGUGGGUGACCGUGCACACCCAGGACGUGUGCCGCAGUGGCUUUGGUGUGACCCAUGUGGCUGAUGCUGUCUUCCUGGAUAUCCCAUCACCCUGGGAAGCUGUGGGCCAUGCCUGGGAUGCCCUCAAGGUUGAAGGUGGGCGCUUCUGUUCCUUCUCUCCAUGCAUUGAGCAAGUGCAGCGCACAUGCCAGACACUGGCAGCCCAUGGCUUCACAGAGCUCAGUACCCUGGAGGUGCUUCCCCAGGUCUACAAUGUACGCACCGUCAGUCUGCCCCUGCCUGACCUGGGGACCGGUGACUCAGAGGUCAGCGUGGGCUCCGAUGCCAGCCCCUUCCGUAGUGGCACACCCAUGAAGGAGACUGUGGGUCACACUGGCUACCUGACUUUUGCCACCAAGACUCCAGGCUAGCGGGCCUGGGCAGGAGUAUCACAUGCAAGCAGGGAGGCCAGAGGCUGCCUUAUAUGGCCAGCCGCUGCCUGUGGGCUUGUUUAAAAACAGAUGGCAGGGUGGAUGAGGCAGGGGCCUCCUAGGUGGUUGAGGGGGGUGAGUAGGCUGGCCCUGUUGAGGAGGGAGGCAUUCCUGUCUCCCGAGAGGGAAGCUCCACCUCAUCACUGCUCUUCUCAAGCUCUGUCCUGGCCGCUCUUUGUUGUCAACAGGGAGUUUCCUCUGCCA